CCUAGUUCGAAUGCAAAUUUAUGAAAAUAAAUGAACAUGUCCUCAACGAGCAAAGCAGCAUCUAAAAGAAGCCGGGCCUCAACCGAGCAACUCAGCGGAAUGGUGGACUUUUUCCUCGAGAACCCGGGACUGGCUGCCGGAAAGUUUCAGCGGCUCCAUGGGAAGUUGGAGCAUGAGAAAAAGUGGGAGGAGAUGGCGACUAAGUUAAACGCUAUGGGAGGAGCGCAGAAGUCUGCUGAUCAAUGGCGCACGGUAUGGCGUGAUUUAAAAAGUCGCACCAGUAAUCGGGUGCGCGAUCGCAAGAGACAGCAGGCCAUAACCGGAAACAGGCCCAUCAACCAGGUUCCACAAACAGAGCUGGAGCAGCGUGUGGUUGCUAUUAUUGGCAGCCACUAUAUAGAGGGCCAUCAAUCCGUGGCAGAAAAUGUGCCAAUGGAAGAUGAGCUUCAAUUGUACCUUGAGGACGGGGAAGAAAUUAUUGAGAGAAUAUCUCCAGAGUCCUACGUCGAAGCUACUUGCGAAGCUACUUGCGACACCCCUACAACUCCUGCGCAGAAAACAGCGCGCAGGAGUUUGAAGAGAAAGAGAGAGGAGGAUGAGAGCGAAUUUACCUUCACGACGCAGUUUUAUGGCCUCAUGCAGUAA